CAGAAAUUUGUUGCAAAAAAUGGGAAGCAUAAGAUGUUUCAUGUUGGAAGUAACUCGUCUUGUUGGCAGCACAUCCGGAGUCAUUAUGAGCUGUACAAGAGCAGGUGCGAAGAACUGGGUUUGCAAGAGCAUCACCAUGCGAUACCAUGCGACAUAGUGAAGAGAAGGCAG